AUGCCGUCACGAAAGCACAGGCAGCUGUUCACUGUGAGCUGCCCACCUCUUCGGGGCUCCCUUCACGUGGAAUGGGGCUGCCCGGAUGGCCAGCUGGGGCCUGAGCUCCUCGUCGACCCGGGCUUUCUCGGGAGCGGGGCCUGGACAACUUACCUGAAGGAGCCAGACGGCGCUAGCUUCAGCUUCACUGGGAACGGCGUGGCCGUCGAUACAGCGGUGGACGAUGAUGAAACCCCAUGGCACGUGCAGCUGACGCAGCCAGUCUCUUUGGACCAAGGUGGCGCUACGGAAUCCUUUUACAGCCUCUGCAUCCAGGCAUCUUCGAUUCAGGCCGGCAAAAUACAGUUCGCUGUGGAUGCUGAUGGCGCGCUGAACUUUGCCGUGGCCGGUGGCGGGGUGCGCGCGCAGAUGAGCUUGGCAGGCGAUGGCCGACUCAGGGAUCAUUGCUUCAGCUUUAGCUUGGGGCCGUCGGAGUUUGUGUACCAAGGGCGAGUUGCCUUGGACCUGGGUGCGGUCAAGGAUGUCGAGGUGUGCCAUGCCUCGCUGAAGCGCUGUAGGUCACGCCCCAGCGUGGCUGGCAUUAUGCCAGUGCGACGGUGCUAUCUCGCACCGCUCUCGGAGGGGCUGGGCUGCACUUUGCUGGACCGCCAGACCGGCGCAAACUUCCAGAGGAAUCGGCAUGGUCAGGAAACGACUGGAAAGCGGGCAUGUCUGCAGGAAAUGCGGGCCCUCGCAGGCAACACCUUCGUCUACUCGAUCGGGCACUGUGAAAUCUGGCGUUGUCCCUCCAGGGCUGCAGUGGUCGAAGCAGCCACGAGCUACGACUCCAAGGAUGUCUUCAGCGAGCUUUGCGAAUACGAUGAAACAGCGGCUGGGCGGCGAGGCAUCGAGAGGAGGUCACCCGUGUACGUGCAGCUUUGGGAGUGGAACUUUGACGAUAUCGCAAAGGAGUGUGUGAACUACCUUGGCCCCAACGGGAUCGAUGCCGUGCAGGUCUCACCCGUCACCGAGCACAUCCUGGGGUCGGAGUGGUACACCAAGUAUCAGCCCGUUGGCUUUGGCCUCAACUCCCGGUCCGGCAGCGAGGCACAGUUCGCGCAGAUGAUUGCGAAGUGCCGUGGUGCUGGUGUCCAGGUCAUCGUGGAUGUGAUCUUGAAUCACAUUGCUGCUCCGUGCCAGGCUGCCAUCGAGGCCGGUGGUGCGUCCGUGAUGCCCUGCAAGGGCUGGGCCGGGUCGGCCUAUGGCAAUCGGCGGAUCAACUCUCAGGAUGGCUGGAAGGGCCCGGAGCUUUUCCACAAUCGUCAGGAAAUUGAUGGCAACCGCCUUGGCAACUGCCCCGUGGAGGAGCCCAGCUUCACCUGCCCUCAAAGCGAGCCCCCUGGUGACUGCACGAGAUGUGACUUCAAGGGCCUCCCCGACUGGAACACUGGCCUGCAGCCCACGCGCGACAUCCUGACGAAGCAUCUCACCGAGUUGCAUGACCUUGGCGUGACGAUGCUACGUCUUGAUGCUGCAAGUUAUGUCUCCGUGGAGGAUCUGGCAGUGAUCAUCAAUCAGUUGCCCUGGGACCUGGUGUACCAAGAGUGGUGGGGCGGCAUUCCGCUCGAAGAGAGGACAGUGGCAGUGGGCCACUACCGAGAUCAGAAAUACGGGCUGAAGAUUACCAAUGCCUUGGGCGUGGGUGACGUCAAGUACAUGCCGGAGCUCUUGAACAUCAGCCACGGCAUCGAUGGCAUCUCACCAGAACGUGCUGUCUACCCGCUGACUUUUCACGACCAGAGGACUUUCGAGGCUGAUCGCUUCAUUCCCACAUUCAAAAACGGACUGGAGUUUCAUCAGCAGCAAAAGUUCAUGCUCGCCUGGCCAUCGGCGGUUGCUGUGCGCCUUUUUGGUGGCUUCACCUUUACCAACAUGGAUGCCGGACCUCCUGGAAACUGUGGAAACGGACAGUGCCAGCCGUUCCCCGUGUAUAUGUUCAACGAUGCAGAGCCUCGCUGUAUGCCCACUCCGACGGAAUCCCCCUUGGCAACUUCGUACGAGGGCUGGGUGUGCGAGCACCGCUGGGAGGGCGUUGCUGGCCUCGUGGCUUUCCGGAAGGCGUGUCGUGGGCAACCCAUCACGCAGACAUGGUCGGAGUCGACCGUUCCAUCUGUAGGACUAGGACAUUUUGCCUUCCGCGCCGGUGGCGACUGUUUCGCUGCCCUUGUGCGGGGGGACAACACGCGGUGGCCCAACUACUGGGGCGACCUGGGACCUUGGCGGCUUGCAGGCCUUGCCCCAGGCCUUCCCCCUGGCCGCUACUGUGACAUGGCCUCCCUGACGACUCUGCGCUGUUGGGAUCGGCGGAGCUGCCCCAGGGAGGUUGUAAUUGGUUCGGAUGGCUCGGUGAUUACGGGCACGGUCCCUAAUGGGGAUCUCAUGGCGAUCUACGCGGGAGGGCGCCUGGACGACACCGCCGAGCCUUUUGUGUGCAACCCAGAGGAUGUGGACGAGAACGAACUCUCGAAGGCAACGGCUCACAUGAUUGGGCAAGCAGCUCUUUUCUUGCUCCUUAUGAGCUGUUUGUACGAAGGCUGA